CGAGCUACGCUUUUUUUCAGGAUCGCUUUGUUUUUACAAUCUGCCUGAAGAAGCGUCACGAAGACGGAUGUCCGCUUGUAGUCGAAUGACUCACGCAUCUACCCCACCGGUGGUUCACGCGACGGGAUCAGCAUCCCCGAAAGGGACGGCUUGUAUAUAAGAUUCGUGACGACUUCGGUAAAAGCACAGACCGAGACGUCGUACACGGAGAAAGUGUUCGGCUAGAGAGCGAGAGUCCCAGUAUAAGACGUAGUCGCGAACCGAGAAAAUCAGUUCAUCGCCGGUACAACUGGAGACAACGAUCAGGAUGAGGACCCAGUUCAUCCUGAUAGCUUGCUUGGCAAUAGCAAGACAAGUACUUGGUACUCAAGUAUACGAGACACCGAAUGACUCUUCGCAACAAUGGCAACCGUGGAAGAAUCAAGAUUUAAUCGAAACGCCGAAAGGAGAGCAAGAGACGUAUCAACCUCUCAAAUUCGAUGGCUCCAAUGACGCGCAACAAAAAGAGUCGCAACAACCAUUGUUUUACAAUGCGAAUAUUCAAUCAGGCGCCAGUGGGGUAGCCGAUGUCGUUAGCAAGCAAUCGAUUGAUUCUGUGAUCGACAAUAUUCUCGUAUCUAAUCGACAAGGCCGCAAUCUUGAGGGAUACGAUGAAAUCUACUCUGAUCCUAACGUAAAAAAUGCUCUGCAGAUUGGCAAUGAUACGAUCGCACGUACUUACAUCAGGGACAAGCUCUGCUCCCUCGGACUGAUGAACUGUGAGGAUACGGAAGGACGACGCCCUUACUAUUCUCCGCAUCGUGAUAUUUAUCCGCACGACGUUAUCUACGCUCAACCGGUGACCAUCAAGCCGGUAGGUCAUCCACUCCCAGCUAUACCUGUGAAACGGCCUUACGGUUCAGCGAAACCUGUGCCGCUGCCUCCGAGUUUCGGUCCCCCAUUGGGACCCAACGUUUAUCCUGGACCUCCGCCGACGUUCGGUAGACCUCCACCUCCCAGUUUCAUAGGAUCUUAUCCUGGAUACAAGAAACCCGGUCUUCCUCCCCCGUUCGUGUCCAAACCCAUAUACGAACACGGCAUCGGCAUCGAUUCCGAUUUCGAGGACAAGUUCAUCGAUAAGAAGCAGGUGGUUUUGCACCAACCGAGUUCCUCGGGAGUUCAACAACACGUUCAUCAUCAUUAUCAUCACGGGGAGGCCGGUGGCAUCGCGCACAACCCCGCCGGGAUAGUCGGGGUCGCGUCGUCUCCGUUGGGUGGUAGCGGCCUCGGCAGUUAUGGUUACGGAAGUGGCGGUACUUACGGCGGUACGAUCAAUGAUUUCGAGGAUUACAAGAAAGCGUUCAAGAUCAAAACGCCCACGAGUAACAGCGGCCCGUCGUUCUCCUCGUCUGUGAAGGGUUACGCCGAUCGUUAUCCCACUUAUGAAAAACCGAACGGCAAACAGUUCUCUUUGGGAGGACAGUUCGGUGCCAAUAAUCAAUUUGUGGGAAACGGUGAUUACGAUGGCGAUUUCAAUAACGGCGCUGAUAACAGUUUCGGUUCCACGUCGUACGAGGAUUGCGUAUGCGUACCCUACGAUCAAUGCGCCACGAUCAAUCACGUGGGUCGUAAGGACGAUCUCUACUUGGCAAUCGAUCCGCGCAAUCUCGACAAAGAUAUCGAGGCUGAAACUGUCGAGGUAGUCAUCACCGACGGUAACGGCACAAUGAGCGUUGUCAGGGUGCCCAAGGGAGUGAACGAGACCGAGCAGAUCGAACAGACGAAAAACGAAGGGACGAAGGAAGCGGUCGGGAAAGAGGAAGCUACAAAGCGCAGCAGUAGGGACGUCAAGCACGUUACCAAGAAGGACGACAAGCCAGAGAUACAAGAAAGACUGACGAUAGGAACCGGCAAUCUGGACACCUCGAAACUGAACGUGAGGCCGACUUGGGGCGUCAGUUUCGGCCUACCGCAGACCGGUGGUGUCGGUCCGAUCGCGCCCCACCCUGCUAAUCCCCUGGGAAUCGCGGGGUACACGCCGGGCUACGGGCUGGUCGGCGGACAGGGCAUAAAUCUAGGCCCGGUCGCCGUGAAUCCGCUCGUAGCGGUGCAGGUCACCAAAGACGAGUACGGCGAGAAGAUCGUCAAGCCUUACGUGAAUCUCCACGUAACGCCCAAUCCAGGACUUAUUCACAAGCUAGGCCAUCUCCUGGCCUACAAGAAAUACGGACUGUACGGCGGUCAUUACGACGGUCAUUAUGGCGGGCAUCACGGUAUUUACGCUCCUCAUUAUCACACACAUCACGAGAGACCGAUCUAUCAUUACCCGUCGUCGAGACCGCCAUUCUACCCGUCACACGAACCGAUCUACCACAAGCCUCACGGCGGAUACUAUCCCUCGUACUACAAGGACGAUAACGAUGAUUACGAUGACUACGAUUAUUCGGCUGAUUAUCAGGAUGAUUACUAUAGAAACGCUCGCGCGAGAAACACGUCGACGUCGACGAGAGGUAGACAAUUCUCGACGAAGGAUUUGCCGAAGGCUUCACCGCAAGGACUGGCCGGCGAUGAACGACAACAGAACAGCGGAAAGAUUACCUUCUCGGACAGACGGAGACGCGACACGACGGCGUUUAGCGAAACGGCGUCGGAGAGCCGCUGUAAAGCGGCUGAGGCCGACGAGCGGAUGACUCGGGACGACGAUCGCGCGGUGAUACCGACUCUGCGAACUUACGAAACGCGGGACUGUCAAACUGAGCGGUGGCGUAUAGCACAGAUAGAAGUUGAGAACACGAUAAGUAGAACUCGUCGGGCGGGCUCGUCGAGACGAGAUCAAUUGAUACCGAUGAUCCUUUUCUAUCCGCAGAGACGAUACGGACGACCGCCACUUUGUGGUUCUCAUCACGUCUGCUGCCAGAGAUCGCACAUAAUAGGCGCACGCCCGCAACCCGGUCAAUGCGGAGUUAGGAACACACAGGGCAUCAACGGCCGUAUCAAGAACCCGGUCUAUGUCGACGGAGACUCUGAAUUCGGUGAAUACCCGUGGCAAGUGGCUAUUCUGAAGAAGAACAUCACCGACAGCGUUUACGUUUGCGGAGGUACUUUGAUCUCGCCCCGACACAUCAUCACCGCCGCUCAUUGCAUCAAGACCCACGCCGGUCGUGGUCUUCGUGCACGAUUAGGCGAAUGGGACGUGAAUCACGAUAACGAGUUCUACCCCUUCAUCGAGCGUGACAUCGUGAGCGUCUUCAUACAUCCCGAGUUCUACGCCGGCACUCUUGAUAACGACAUCGCUAUUUUGAAGUUGGACCAUGACGUCGAUUUUGCAAAGAAUCCUCAUAUUAGUGCCGCCUGUUUGCCAGAUAAACUUGAUGACUUUACUGGAACGAGGUGUUGGACCACCGGGUGGGGCAAGGACGCUUUCGGCGAUUACGGAAAGUACCAGAACAUACUGAAGGAGGUGGACGUACCUGUCGUUAGCAAUCAUGUGUGCGAGCAACAGAUGAGGCGAACGCGGCUGGGACCAGGCUUCAAUCUGCACCCGGGCUUCGUCUGCGCCGGCGGUGAGGAAGGCAAGGACGCCUGCAAGGGCGACGGUGGCAGCCCGAUGGUCUGCGAGCGUCACGGCCGCUGGCAGUUGACCGGCGUCGUCUCCUGGGGCAUCGGUUGCGGCCAGGUGAACGUACCUGGCGUCUACACGCGCGUCUCGUACUAUCUCGACUGGAUCCGCCAGAUCGUCAAUUACUGAAGAAACAAGAUUCCCUCAAAAUUGUAUUCGACGCAAAAGAGACUUGGCGAAAUUUUAUUUCUUAAUUAUUUCUAAAUUAUUUCUAUAUUAAUUUUUAAAUUAAACGCUCUUCGUCGUUCGGCGAAAUCGGUGAUGAUAGCUCGCGAUAUUUUUACUUCGUAUAUAUAUAGAAAGAGGCAUAUUUAUAUGUAUUAUAUUUAUACUAAAACGUGGCUUAAUUCUAUGAGCGAAAUUCGCUCGAGGUGGAUUUCGAUUCAAAGCGGAGAUACUCGUUAAAAUCAAUUCCCGUCUCAAGACAGAUUUCUUUCCCCCUUUGUUUUUAUUGUGAUUUAAACACACCUAACUUAUUGUACAUAGGUAGAUCCAGAUCGUGCGCCACAGUCGCACGAUCUCGGCGCCAUUUGCGCACCGGCUAGUAGCAAGCGUACACGGCACGCAAUUCGCGAAGUGUGAUUCGAGCGUUCGGAUCGUCGAGUAAUGCAUUUUCUUUGCAACACAGCUUAUACGUAUAUAUAUAUAUUUAUCGGUUUAAUAAAUAACUUACACACGUA